UACCCUCUUUCGCUUCGGACAGGCCACCGCCUUGCGCCGCCGCAGACCACCACCGCCAGCCACCGGUAACUUCCAUCACCGGUUUCUCUUUGAUCUGUACCUGUUAUUUUUAUUCUUUCAAUUUGAAAUUAAAAAAAACACACAAAAAGGUCAUUUUCCACUCAAUCUUAAACCCUGAUUCCGAAUUCCCUUCUUGUUUCUUAGUAAUUCGGGAAAUGGUUUAAUUUUUAUUUUCAUGUUCUCUAUUUAAACCCUAAUUCCACGAUAGAGAAAUUGAAAUACGAAAGGAUUCAGAGGAGGAUUAAAGAAUGGCAAUAGCAGCACCAGAGCAGCUAAAUAUAAGCGAAGUGCCAACAUGGGGUUCGCGAGGUGUCGACUGCUUCGAGAAAUUGGAGCAGAUUGGUGAAGGAACUUAUGGGCAAGUUUACAUGGCCAGAGAGAUCAAAACAGGGGAAAUUGUUGCUUUGAAGAAAAUUCGAAUGGACAAUGAAAGAGAGGGGUUCCCUAUAACUGCCAUACGUGAAAUUAAAAUCCUCAAGAAGCUGCACCACGAAAAUGUAAUCAAGUUGAAAGAGAUUGUAACUUCUCCAGGUCCUGAGAAGGAUGAGCAAGGUCCACUGGAUGGUAACAAAUACAGAGGUGGAAUUUACAUGGUUUUUGAAUACAUGGACCAUGAUUUGACUGGUCUAGCCGAUCGUCCUGGAAUGAGAUUUUCUGUGGCACAAAUAAAGUGCUACAUGAGACAGCUUUUGACAGGGCUUCACUACUGUCAUGUAAAUCAAGUACUUCACCGUGAUAUUAAAGGUUCUAAUCUUUUAAUAGACAAUGAAGGAAACUUGAAGCUUGCAGAUUUUGGUCUUGCCCGGUCGUUCUCAAGUGAUCACAAUGCUAAUCUUACAAACCGUGUAAUAACUUUAUGGUAUAGACCACCAGAGUUGCUCCUCGGUACCACGAAGUAUGGUCCAGCAGUUGACAUGUGGUCAGUUGGUUGCAUCUUUGCUGAACUUCUACAUGGGAAACCAAUCUUUCCAGGGAAAGAUGAGCCAGAGCAAUUGAAUAAAAUUUUUGAGCUAUGUGGGCCUCCAAACGAGGAUAUUUGGCCUGGGGUCUCAAAGAUUCCUUGGUACAACAAUUUGAAACCGUCAAAGCCAAUGAAAAGACGUCUUAGAGAGGUUUACAGACACUUUGACCGGCAUGCGUUGGAUUUACUUGACAAAAUGCUGACUCUUGACCCCUCUCAGAGAAUAUCAGCAAAGGAUGCUCUUGAUGCCGAGUAUUUCUGGACGGACCCAUUACCGUGCGAUCCCAAGAGUUUACCCAAAUAUGAAUCUUCACACGAGUUCCAGACGAAGAAAAAGCGUCAGCAACAGCGCCAACAUGAAGAAAAUGCGAAACGCCAGAAAGUACAACACCAACAACAGCAUUCUCGCCUUCCACCAAUUCAGCAGUCUGGACAUGCACAUGCUCAGAUGCGACCUGGCCCAAAUGUACCAAUGCAUGGGUCACAACCUCAGGUAGUUGGAGGACCGAGCCAUCAUUAUGGAAAGCCAAGGGGACCUUCACAAGGACCUGGCAGAUACCCACCUGGUGGAAAUCCGUCUGGAGGAUACAACCACCCAAAUCGUGGUCAAGGUGGAGGUUAUGGUAGUGGCUCGUAUCCACCUCAAGGACGGGGACCUCCAUACGGUUCAAGUGGCAUCCCUGGUGCUGGUCCUCGAGGAGGUGGAGGCAGUGGCUAUGGCUCCGGAGGUCCAAAUUAUCCUCAUGGUGGUCAAUAUGGGGCUUCUGGGACUGGACGUGGCUCAAACAUGGUGUCUGGGAACAGGAAUCAACAAUAUAAUUGGCAGCAAUGACAUGCAUCCAUAAGAAUGGCUUCGUGGUGAGAUUCAAUAAUGAUGUUCGUGCUCUCUUUUCGAUCACAGUGGAUUGUUGUACUCACUGGCGAAUGGUCAUUGACGAGGGUGGCUGCUGAGUUUUAUUUGUAAAACCUAAUUAUAUAAAGAUAUUGUUGGAGUGGACAUGAGAAUGCAUCAUAGACGUUAUUGUAGUGCAUUAUUAUUUUGGACAAAAUAUAUUCAAUUGCUUACAUAUAAAAUCUGUUGGUUUUGUAA